AUGUACGAUCUCCUGCUUGAUAGCCUCCGGAAGCUCAGCAAGGUGGAGUCGAUUGGGAUCUACUCGCCCUUGGCCAACCGCGAUGACACCAACUUCAAGCAAGAUCCGCACCCCAUUUGGCCUGGAAUCGCGGCACAGAAGGUCCUAGACGAAGCGCAGAGCAAGAUCCCCGACCUGUACGAGUACUACGCCCACAAGAGUCUGCUGAAUAUGGUCCUUGCCGCCGUCGCCGAAUCGGGCAUCCACCUCAAAGAACUCAAGACAACGGCCGGCGCUCUGGGCAUCGAUGCACUCAAGGUCCGCAGCGAGUACCUCACACCAUCCCUCCGCCGCCUCGAUACCCUCAGCUUGUCCUUCGAGCUGCAUAAGUUCCUCUAUUCAAGCACGAAGCCGCCCACAAACCACCUCCCAACGUUCCUCUCUUUCGUCCCAAACCUCACGACUCUUGACCUCACCUUCCCCUCCGAGCACGGCACCUGGGGCCGCCCCCUCACCACCAACCGCGUCUUCGACCGCUGGCUCUCCUCUUUCCAGAUCAUCCACUUCCAGCACCUAGAGACCCUCAAGCUGGCACGCUUCUGCACACUAGACGACAAUUUUAAGGCCUUCACGGCCCUCCACGCCGCCACGCUGCGUGCCGUGCGACUCGAGCAGUGCACCGUGCAAGAUUUGGGCAAUGUUAUGGACAACAUGGCCAACGAGCUGCAGCUGGAGGAGCUGGUGGUGCUGGAACCGUCGGAGUAUCGCGCGGUAAUUGGCAUCAUUAUUCACGAUUUCGUGAACCGGAGCGAGGCGGCGGCGACACGAGUCCUAGUGACAAAUAUGGUCGGAAAGGCCGUCGUGGCGAAGCCGGACGGCAUGAGGGGGGGCCGGGAGUGGGCGCUGCGUAGGGACAGGUUGACGACGUUGGGGGGAUGA